AUGUUUCCGCAACGCAAUAUCUUCCGCCUAUCCCAGCGUGCUGGGCAGCAGCUCCGCAGCGCUCCGGUGCGCACUGCUGUGCAGCGCCGCUUCAACAGCACUGAGACGAAGCCUUCUUGGAUGGUCGACAACGAGUUCAACCGCGAAAGAGCCGCUGUCAAGGAGCACGCAGCCGGCACGAGUGACCUCUGGCGAAAGCUGUCAAUCUACGCUGUCAUUCCCGCUCUGAUCCUUGGAGGUAUCAAUGCUUACAACCUCUGGACUGAGCACUGGGAGCACUGGAACCACCUUCCCCCGCUCGAGAAGCGUGUCGAAUACCCCUACCAGAACAUUCGUGUCAAGAACUUCCCUUGGGGAGAUGGAGACAAGACCUUGUUCUGGAACGACAAGGUCAACUACCACAACAAGGACAAGACGACUUAA